GAGGCAAUGGCUGCACAGGGAGAGCCGCCAACCCAAUUCAAGAUCGUCCUCGUGGGUGACGGUGGUACUGGGAAGACGACGUUUAUAAAACGCCACUUGACUGGUGAAUUUGAAAAGAAGUAUGUGGCCACCCUGGGCGUGGAGGUACACCCCCUGAGGUUCCACACUAGCAGAGGCCCUAUCAAGUUUAACGUCUGGGACACCGCUGGCCAGGAAAAGUUUGGGGGUCUGCGAGACGGCUAUUACAUCCAAGCCCAAGGUGCCAUUAUAAUGUUCGAUGUAACAUCAAGAGUUACUUACAAGAAUGUGCCCAACUGGCAUAGAGAUCUGGUGCGGGUGUGUGAAUGCAUCCCCAUUGUGCUGUGUGGCAAUAAAGUGGAUGUUAAGGACAGGAAAGUAAAAGCGAAAUGUAUUGUCUACCACCGCAAAAAGAACCUUCAAUAUUAUGACAUUUCAGCCAAAAGCAACUACAACUUUGAGAAGCCUUUCCUCUGGCUGUCCAGAAGACUCACUAGAGACCCUAACUUGGAGUUCGUUGCCAUGCCGGCUCUAGCCCCACCUGAGGUGGUCAUGGACCCAGUGUUGGCACGGCAAUAUGAGCGUGACUUAGAGGUGGCGCAGACCACUGCUCUCCCAGAUGAAGAUAGUGACCUGUGA